CUUUGUCAGCUAUUAUAUCUUUCUCCAAUCAUGGCCGUUUUUCUCCCUGUUGUAAGCUCCUUAAACAGCUCUAGACCAGCUUUGCUGGACCUAAAGAUAACCAAUUGGGAGUUAUUUGCUGCUCACUUGCCCGGGGUGACUCAAUCUCUAAUACAGAGCAUUGAGAAUGAGUUUCCUUCUGAGCAGAGGCUAGAGAGAUUGCUCCAAUGUUGGCUUAAGAUCUGUCCCCACGCCUCAUGGCUGCAUGUGUUGAUAGCUCUUCUUGAGGCAAAAGAGAAUGACAGUUAUUGUAAUUUACUGGGAAAAUUGACAUCAAAAAGGAGCUGGGUGGCUAGCAGAUCUCAAGAGGAUGUUGUUGCUGAUAUCAAUGCUCUUCGUAAACGUUUUGAAGUUAUACUGAAAGAGAUGAAGGAUGCUCUGACAAUUAGUGAUAUACCUUUGGAAAAAAUAGUAAGUGAAGUUGAGCAGUUUCUGGAAAUGGAGAAAGGAGGGCUGAGUCAUCACGUAUUCAACAUUGAUGAGUUAUUCAAUGAGCUUCAGCCAUAUUGCAAUUAUCUCAAUUUUGAACUGGUCCAGUUUCUACUUCGAUUCUUAAAAGGCACAGCUGCUACUACACAAAGUACUGUCUCAUCAGUCAUGGAAUAUGCAAAAAAUUUACUAUUGUUAUUGCAAUCAGCUAAAUUAACUUUUGUAGUAUCGGCAAUGCGUACCCCAGCAAGCAGUAAAACAAAAACAACGACCCCAAUCAAAUUUAAGCUUAGUAGUGCCUGGUGGAAUUAUUCAGUGCACAUUCUUCUUAAAACACUCGAAUAUUCUUUACAUGUAAAAAGGAUCUACUUUUGUCACAUUCAUUGGGACAAAAACCACUCAAUACUUUGCUUGAAGGUCUUUCUCCCUAAAUCAUGUGAGCAGCAGCUUCAAGCACUCUUAAAAACUAACAUCACAAAUGACUAA